UUCUUCUUCUGUAGCCCGAGAUGAUACAGCACACUCUCAAGAGGACAUUGCAGUAUUAUGAGCGCCAAAUUACUGGUUACAGGGAUGCAGAAAAGAAUUUCUACAAUAUCUCUAACCGAUGCUCCUACGCAGACCAUUCCAACAAAGAAGACGUUGAAGAGGUCUCAGGCAUUCUGCAGUGCACUGCUAACGUACUCGGUUUGAAGUUUGAGGAAGUUCAAGAAAGAUUUGGUGAGGAAUUCUUUAAUAUAUGCUUUGAUGAGAAUGAGAGAGUCCUUCGAGCUGUAGGUGGCACGUUGCAGGACUUUUUUAAUGGCUUUGAUGCUUUGUUGGAACACAUUAGAACUUCUUUUGGAAAACAGGCCACCCUGGAGUCACCAUCAUUCCUAUGCAAAGAGCUCUCUGAAGGUACCCUCAUGCUCCACUACUUCCACCCUCACCGAAUCGUGGGAUUUGCAAUGCUUGGGAUGAUUAAGGCUGCAGGAAAGAAGAUCUAUCGGCUGGAUGUAGAAGUGGACCAGGUUGCAAAUGAGAAACUGUGCUCCGAUGGUUCAAACCCAGGCAACUGUAGCUGUCUUACCUUCCUCAUCAAGCAAUGUGAAAACACCAACAUCGCGAAGAACCUUCCACAGGGAACCUCCCGGGUUCCCGCGGACCUCAGAAUCAGCAUCAGCACCUUCUGCAGAGCCUUCCCUUUCCACCUGAUGGUUGACCCUCACAUGGCAGUCCUUCAGCUGGGGGAAGGCCUGAGGAAGCAGCUGCGUUGUGACACUCACAAAGUGCUCAAGUUCGAGGACUGCUUCGAGAUUGUUUCUCCAAAGGUUAACGCCACCUUCGAAAGGGUCCUGCUGCGGCUGUCCACCCCAUUUGUGAUUAGGACCAAGCCUGAGGCUUCCAGCACUGAGAAUAAAGACAAGGUGAUGGAAGUCAAAGGACAAAUGAUCCAUGUCCCAGAAUCAAAUUCCAUUUUAUUCUUGGGCUCUCCAUGUGUGGACAAGCUGGAUGAACUUAUGGGACGAGGGCUGCACCUCUCAGACAUUCCAAUCCAUGACGCUACCCGAGAUGUCAUUUUGGUUGGCGAGCAGGCAAAGGCCCAAGAUGGCUUGAAGAAGAGGAUGGAUAAAUUAAAAGCAACUUUAGAAAGAACUCACCAGGCCCUGGAAGAAGAGAAAAAAAAAACAGUGGAUCUUCUAUAUUCUAUCUUCCCUGGUGAUGUAGCCCAGCAGUUGUGGCAAGGGCAGCAAGUGCAGGCCAGAAAGUUUGAUGAUGUCACCAUGCUCUUUUCAGACAUUGUUGGCUUCACAGCCAUAUGUGCCCAGUGUACCCCUAUGCAAGUGAUCAGCAUGCUGAAUGAACUGUACACAAGAUUUGACCACCAGUGUGGAUUUUUGGAUAUUUAUAAGGUGGAAACAAUAGGUGAUGCGUACUGUGUUGCUGCAGGGCUCCACAGAAAAAGCCUCUGCCAUGCUAAACCCAUUGCUCUGAUGGCCCUGAAGAUGAUGGAACUUUCAGAAGAGGUGCUGACACCUGAUGGAAAACCAAUUCAGAUGAGGAUAGGCAUUCAUUCAGGCUCUGUGCUGGCUGGAGUUGUUGGAGUAAGAAUGCCACGAUAUUGCCUGUUUGGAAAUAACGUCACUCUGGCAAGCAAAUUUGAAUCAGGAAGUCACCCUCGGCGCAUCAAUGUCAGCCCAACAACUUACCAAUUAUUAAAAAGAGAAGAAAGUUUUGCAUUUAUUCCUCGGUCCCGUGAGGAGCUUCCAGAGAACUUUCCAAAGGAAAUCCCUGGGAUCUGCUAUUUCCUGGAGGGAAUAAAGGGCAAGUUUACAGUCAGUGUGGAUAGAACAGGACGUGGGAGCAAUUCAGUCUUCCUGCUGAGAACAGGAAAUAGCCUCCCUAUGCUGAUGGCCUUCUUAGAGCGUGGGAGCAUGAAGACAGGACCCAACUCACUGAAGUCAUUUAUGCUUAUUCUGCAAAGCACCGUAAAGCAUAUUAUGAUACAGUAAAUCAUGAAUGUUUUGUUGGUCAACAAUGUGUCUUGUAACCAUAAGUCUGAAAGGGGCUUCCAGGAACCAAUCCAAUCUAUUACUCUGCUUUUUGUAAAGAUUUGUCUAAGCAACUAUUCUAAACAUAUGGUUAUUCUCUCUAUACUAAAAAUAUCUGUGGGAAGCAUAUUUUUAAAAGCAUCCUUGAAAAUCCACUUCAUUUUCUAGUAUGGUGGUAGGGCCUGGGAUAAGCACUGUAUAUACAUUCACUUUGUCAGAAGAAUGACAAGCUCUGUCUUAGUUUAUAUGAUUUUACUUAGAGAAGAGUAGCCAUUUACAUUGUCACAAAUGUCACCAUGAAGAAUAUGCCAGAAAUCUACAAAAUAUCAUAGACGGGAUGUAAACUGCAUUUUUCAUACAAUGUAAUCUAAAUGUAUCUUUGAAGCUAUAGUCUGAGGCAAUGGUCUGAUCUAUUACCAUUUUUGCAAACCUGGUACAGUUGACUAUUACAGCUACGCUAUUCCUAUAUGUAUUUGCAAGAUAUUAUAUAAAAUGUCAGUUCAUUCUGGCUGCAGUCAUAGAGUUUAGAAGCUGUGAAAAAUAUUGCACUUUUAUUUGUCCGAUAGAAUACAGUACAUGUAUCCCCCAGUAGGAACUGUGAUUGUCAUCAUGUGCGGCAGUUUUCAUUUGACUUUGUCUGUACACUAUUCUCACAAACUGGUAUAUACAGCAUGCAUUUCUGUGUGGCAGAUUAAAAGGAAUUUAAAUGGAUAUCCCUGUAGAAACUGAGCAGUGCUAAGUCGGGGAAAUGGCUUUAACCUACUCUAAAAGGGAUACUUUAAGACGCAAGUUGGCACCUGGAUCUCCUGUGUUUAAGUAUUCCUUCAAGCAGCUGAUUUCAAGAAGCUACCUUAUGACUAGCCGUCAGUACCAAAGCUUCCUACUGGCAUUAGUAUCAUUUUGAUGGAGAGAAUGUCAUUGUUUACAAAUAAAUCUGUUAUCUAACAAAAUCAGAACCCCCCCCAUGUAACCCAAACCAUAGCGCACAGUAUGUGCUUUGUGAACCUUAAUAAAUGCGUAACAUUAGCCAUAACAAAAAGAAUAAUACUGAAUGCCUGAGGAACGCACGUAAUUGAGUCUCUCGGCUGCGUAGAGUGUUGGCUGGAGAAGGGAAAGAAGAGACAGCCUUUGGGUAACAGUUUGGUUCAACUGUCUAAAAUCUGCCUCAAAAUAUUCAUCUCUUCUCUUAUAUUUCAUUAUUUUUGGUUUCCCUUUUAAUAUUUCAAUAUGUGUGGAAUCCAGUCAGCUACGUAUGACCCAUUGUGAGUCCAAGACAGGCACUGAUGCCUGAGACAUGGAGAUUGGGCCUGUUGACUCAUCACUUCAGAUGUGAACUUUGUCAUCUCAAAGUUCUUGUCCAGUGACAAUAGUCUCAGAAGCAUGAUAUUUUGUUGUGGAAGUGCAAAACUGUGCGUCUCUCCAGGAAAAACAGCAAAACAGGACAACAGCUCAAAAAAAUCUCAUUCCCAAGUGCAGGAAGCCUUUUAAUUUGGCAAAUUCCUUCAAAGAGUUACAGCAAUAAAGCAAAAUUAAAUUAAGAGAUAGAGAAGGCAGAGUCACAGAGAAUUUGGAAAAUGCCAGGCUGUGUUUUCCUGCAGAAUCAUACUGCUACCAGUUGAAAUGGUAUAUGUGAGGUUUUGAGGCAUGAAAAGGGAGCUCAAGAUUAUGACCAUCAUUAAAUGUAUUUAUUGAAGGCUCCUUGGGUUCCUUACUUGCUGAGGGCAGGUUUGUGGAUCAUCAGAGCAGAGGGUAAAACUUCUACAUGUAGGUUUCUGUCCUGCCAUGCAUUUUAAGCACAACUUAACCCACACCCAGACCCUCUCUCACUGGAAACCAUCUCACCCUGUCAAGCUUGGCUCCAUCGAGCAUUCUCCUUUC